UUUCAUUUCACAAUUUUGCCUUUUGGAAAUAAACACUAAUGAGUCAAAACAUCAAUUUAAAGUUGUUUUUAAUUUGGUCCACAAUGAGUGCGAUCAACUGUAUCUGGCCGAAGCAAUCAAAAAUAGAUUUGUCUGACUUUUUGAGAAGCAGUUUCACUGAUGAUGAUUUGAACGCUACUGAGCUGAUAGAAGAAGAUGAUAACAUUCAACUUCGCGGUGAAUCUGAUUGGUUAAGCUCAGAUUCCAACAAAAACUCUGAUUGGAUGGGCUCUCAACCCCUCCGAGCUUCAUAUCAAUCUGAAUUGUCUAUCAUAAACGGACACACGUCACGUGACAGGGACUUCUACGUGCAGUUGAAGAAGAUAGACAAGGAGGGGUCUGCAUAUGUGUGUGGGGGAAGUGUGAUUGGAGAGAGGUGGGUGCUGACUGCCGCUCACUGUCUCAGAAACGCAGUGAAAAUCUACGUCAAAGUCGGAGACUUCACGAGAGAUGGAAGUAGAAAAACAUUUAUCGAGGCCUCCAAAAUCAUUCCUCACAAAUAUUACGGAAGAGGAGAGACUAAAUAUCAAUAUGACAUCGGGCUCAUCAAAACUGAGGAGUCACUGUCCCGUGCACGAAUAAUCCCCCUCUGUCGGAAGAGAUACCAACGUAACAGUGUGAGUCUGGGGGUAUGUGGCAUGGGAUCCACAAGCACCAACAAAGAUGAAAAGGCAACUCCAAAGGUUCUCAUGGAGACCUUCUUGCAUGAGAGAUCCAGCUGUCCCGGAGACUUCUUCGUUUGUACCCAUGGAGACCAUGACGAAAACCAAACAGGCUCAUGCAAGGGCGACUCAGGUGGUCCACUUUAUGUCAUGAACAGGUAUGGCCAGCCCUACUGUGUGUAUGGGGCAGUGAGUCAUGGCUUCAACAAGGACGACAAAAAGUGCAUAUCCGAGUCAGUGUUCGUGAGUGUUCCCUAUUACUACGAGUGGAUACGAAACGUUAUGAAUAGAUAUUGA